AUGGAACCUAUUACCCGCAAGGCGGAGCUCUCCUUCCUCAACGAUAUGGUACCACGUACCCAGCCCCAGUCAGCCCGGUCGCUGCUGCGGUCAACUGGCUCCGACGAGAUGCACGAUCUGCUCUGUGUUGGAUUCGGUCCUGCCUCGCUCGCCAUAGGUAUUGCUCUGAAUGACGCGAUGGACCCCGCCCUCGGUAGCCGGAAGAAUCCCGACUUCAAGCCCAAAGUCUGCUUCCUGGAGAAGCAGGAUCAGUUUGCCUGGCACUCGGGCAUGUUGGUCCCGGGCUCGCGCAUGCAGAUCUCCUUCGUUAAGGAUCUUGCCACCCUUCGCGAUCCCCGCAGCAGCUUCACUUUCCUCAACUAUCUGCACCACAAGAAUCGUCUGAUCCACUUCACCAACCUGGGCACCUUCUUGCCUGCCCGUAUGGAGUUUGAGGACUAUAUGCGCUGGUGUGCUCAGCGCUUUAACAAUGUCGUCAGUUACGGGGAGGAGGUCGUCGAGGUUGUACCCGGUCCCACCAAUGCCCGUGGUGUCGUCGACUUCUUCACCGUUGUUUCUCGCAACACUGGCACUGGCGAGAUCUCUUCGCGCAACUCGCGCAAGGUCGUCAUUGCUCUCGGUGGCAAGGCUAAGAUGCCUCCUGGAUUCCCUCAGGACCCCCGCAUCAUGCACUCCUCCAAAUACUGCACUCACCUGCCCCAGUUGCUGAACGACGAUAUGGCUCCUUACAACAUUGCUGUCGUCGGCAGUGGCCAGAGUGCCGCUGAGAUCUAUCACGAUUUACACCGCCGUUACCCCAAUUCACGCACCACACUCAUCCUCCGUGAUACCGCAUUGCGUCCCAGCGAUGACUCUCCCUUUGUCAACGAGAUCUUCAACCCAGAGCGAGUGGACAAGUUCUACAGCCUCGGCGCAGAGGAGCGUAAGAAGCGCAUCGCCACUGAGAAGGCCACCAACUACAGCGUGGUUCGCCUGGAGCUUAUCGAGGCCAUUUACAACGACAUGUACCUGCAGCGGGUAGAGAACCCCGACGAGACACAGUGGCAGCAGCGCAUCCUGUCCGAGACCAAGGUCGCACGGAUCGAGCACCACAACGCAUCGAACCGGAUGCGUAUCCACGUCAAGUCGGUCAAGAACGAGAGCGAGGCCAAGGAGGUGCUGGACGUGGAUGCCCUGAUGGUCGCAACUGGUUACCUGCGCGACGCGCACGAAGAUCUUCUCGAGAACGUACGCAGCUUGCGGCCCGCCGGCGCCGCGGCCUGGAACCCCAGCCGUGAUUACCGUGUUUCUCUCGAUGCUGCCAAGGUCAGUGCCCAGGCCGGUAUCUGGCUGCAGGGUUGCAACGAGCAGACUCACGGCCUGAGCGAUUCUCUGCUCUCGGUGCUUGCCGUGCGGGGCGGCGAGAUUGUCAGCUCUGUCUUUGCGGAUCAAUUGGCUGGUGCUGCUCCCUUGGUGCAGGACACCCCGGUGCGUGCUAUGCUGUAA